UUCAAGACACUUGUGGUACUGGCUUGGGUUAGUUAGUAAGUAAUAAAUAAUAAUAAUUAGUUGCUGUCUGAAGCUUCUUUCUUGUUGUUAGUACUCAAUGAUCGAGGCAGGAUGAUCUGAAAGUUCACGUCCGAAGCGCCUUAUUUUUUUCUUAGGCAGUUGUGAUUUGGGCACUCGCACCAUGAGCUGGAUAUCUGACACAAAAUCAGGAACCUCAGGGUUCAUACGGAGGGUUUGCUGCAACGUGCUCCGUGCUGGUCCAAUUCCUAAGCAUGUGGCAUUCAUUAUGGAUGGAAACCGGAGGUUUGCUAGGAAAAGACAAGUGGAACGCGCGCAGGGCCAUCUGAUGGGGUUCGAGAAGCUCUCAGAGACAUUAGAGUGGUGCUUAGACCUUGGCGUCAAGGAGGUCACUGUCUAUGCCUUCAGCAUUGAGAACUUCAAGCGCAGCAAGGACGAGGUGGACUAUCUGAUGGAGUUGGCACGCAAGAAAUUUGAGCAGCUGAUUGAAGAGAAAGAGCUGAUCAACAAGCACGGUGUCUGCGUGCGUGUUCUCGGUGACUUGUCCCUGCUGCCACACGACGUGCAAGUCGCAGUGGCACGCGCUGUUGAUAUAUCCAAGCAUAAUUCAAGGGCGAACCUCAAUGUGUGCUUUGCCUACACGUCCCGGCACGAGAUGGCCAACGCCAUGCAGCUCCUCGGCAAGGGAGUUGAGGACGGUCUUCUUUUGCCCGGCGAUAUCGACGAGGACUUGUUUGAAAAGUGCCUGUACACGCGGCACUCUCCGGACCCUGACCUUCUCAUUCGCACCUCUGGAGAAGUUCGCCUUAGCGACUUUCUCUUGUGGCAGACGUCAUUCUGUUGCUUGCACUUCACUCAAGUUCUGUGGCCAGAGUUCUCCUCCUGGGACUUAUUUGCUGCUGUGCUGCACUACCAGAGAGAAUAUAAUUCUAUCAAGCAUGCCCGCUCUUCAUAUGAUCAACGCAGACUAUGUCCCGAGGUGUACGAGCAGCUGCUGCGUGCCGAGAAACAGUGUUUGGACCAGGACACGCCUGUGCAGAGCGAAGGUCGCCAGCGGCGCAUUGACACGUUCGUGCAGAUGCUGACGCAAGAGGAGGUGUCUUUUCGAGAAGCUCUCUUGACAUAGCAGGCAGAACCUACUGCAUGCGGCCACAUCUGAUUCAGCUAACCCGGACUGGAAGUUGACUGGACGUAUGCUUGCCGUGUGCUGCAGCUCUACAUGUACUCCAAGUACAUGUAACUAGAGGUUUUCACUGCUCGGGCAGUAGGAAUGUGCUUGAACCACAAUACACAGCCUUCCAGCCAGCCAGCCAGCGACGUGCGCAUGCCCUGGUGUAGUAGUGCAAGUUUUGCACUUAGCAUAGAAUGGAUUUAGGACUUGAAUAUUUUUUUAUCUUCUCCCGGUGGAGAUUUCAUGCACAAGGCUAUAUUUAUUGGAUACUCGGUUAGAAAACUGCAAUUUACUUUUCUGCCCCGCAAUCGCUAUUGAGCAAGCACAUCUUUGCAUGCACGGUGCGUACUCUAAUCAUGCUCCCGUUCUGCUUUCCACGUGAACCCUGAUUUCACCUCUGCGUGGAAGGACUGCACUCCAUAUCAUAUGGCCAGGGCGAUGCCGUGUUAUGGCAAUCUACUGCACGUGCAACCGCAUGGCUAUCACCGUUUGGCAACAGGACUGCACCGGCGCCCUGCCACUGUGGUCGCCAUUUAUGACAUGCGGAUGCACAGUGCAUGUUGCUCAAUGCGGGUCACACUUGUGCAUGGUUGUGUCUGUGCCAUGCUUGCUUGCCAACAAGAUGUCGAUCGUUUUGGCACAAUUCUGUCCCUCUUUCUAAUGCAAUGCUAUAGUGCCCGCGUUUGAGUUUUCACUGCACAAUGGGGGCAAGGAUACGUCCUGUGAAUUUCAAUUGCACUAGCUUGAUGGAUAUGAUGACGGUGCACUGCACCUCCUUCAA